AUGAAAAUGUUGCGCCUACAAUGCAAAUCCCAUUCGGUGUUACUGCUGCUGCUGCUGCUGACGAUUCGAGGAGCACUCAGUGUGCCAGCACUGGACGCGACACCACCGGCAGCCACACCAAACACCAUCGACGAAAGUGACAAGCUGCUCGAGGGGAGUGGGGAGAUUGCGCCAACCAACAACAGCAGCGAGACGAGCCCACAGGUGGCAGAGUCUUCUGAGGUGUCUUCAGCGCCCGACAAUGAAGCCAGUGCCAGCUCAAUGGAUCCCACAACCAUCUAUGCAGGCGGACUCAUCACACCCGAGGCAUUUCAGCAGUAUCUGAGCCAGUACGGAGCCGCGGCGUAUGCUCCCUUUGGAGGCGGCUACCCAGCGCCGAUAUCCGCUGGAGCGCCUGGCCUCUAUCCCUAUCCAGGCCCCAUUGUGGUUCAGACCGGCUAUGAGGGCUUCCUGGUGCCCGCCAAUGCCGCUGGCCAAGCAGACACCACAGCUGUGGUGGCACCUGUACCAGCACCAGCCUCCUCCAACAAUCCCCUGCUAGCGUUUGCCUCCAAGCUGCUGCCGACCAUCCUCAUGUCCACGCUGUUCCGCAUCGCCGCUGUGGUGCUCUCCGCCGUCGGCGUUAUACUCUUUGGAAGCGCCAUCACUAGCGCUCUUUGUCGGAUGACGCCCAUUUGUGAUAUACCCGCCAAGGCAGCGGACAUCCUGCGCUCGGGCGGUGCCCAGGAUGUGGGUCGCAUGCUGGCCGAUGAGAUGACUCCGGAGCGGGUGCGACGUGCCACAGAAUUCGUGCGGAAUGCCAUCCGCAAGUAUCGACAGCUGCAGAAGCUGGUGGAGCCACAGCUGGAGGCAGAGUCCAGCUAGGGUGUUGGUCGGCAGCCAAGUACAAGCCAAGUGUGCUGGAAGG